AUGACCUAGGCCGGCCAGCAGGGUCCAGGCAGACCCGAGCCGCAUCCCGGAGCUGGCCCAUGGCCUCCCCGCGCUUGGGGACCUUCUGUUGUCCCACUCGGGACGCUGCCACGCAACUCGUGCUGAGCUUCCAGCCGCGGGCGUUCCAUGCGGUGUGCCUGGGCAGCGGCGCGCUCCGCCUGGUGCUGGGCCUCCUGCAGAUGCUGCCCCGGCGCCCACCCGCCGCUCCCGGGGCCCCUUCCACCUCCCCGCCUGCCUCGGCCCGCAUCCUGAGGGCCGCUGCUGCUUGCGACGUCCUCGGCUGCCUAGGGAUCAUCCUUCGGUCGGCAGUGUGGCUGGGAUUCCCAGAUUUCGUUGAAAACAUCUCUGAUGGCAAUGGAACAGACAUCUGGCCUGCUGCUUUCUGUGUUGGGAGCGCGAUGUGGAUCCAGCUGUUGUACAGUGCCUGUUUUUGGUGGCUCUUCUGCUACGCGGUUGACGCCUAUCUUGUGAUAAGGAGAUCGGCAGGACUGAGCACCAUCGUGUUGUACCACAUCAUGGCCUGGGGCCUGGCCCUCCUGCUCUGUGCAGAGGGAGCUGUCAUGCUGUACUACCCCUCUGUGUCCAGGUGUGAGAGAGGCCUUGACCAUGCCAUCCCACACUAUAUCACCACGUACCUGCCACUGCUGCUCGUUCUGGUAGCUAACCCUGUCUUGUUCCAAAAGACAGUGACAGCAGUGGCCUCUUUACUGAAAGGAAGACAGGGCAUUUACACAGAGAACGAGAGGCGAAUGGGAGCUGUGAUCAAGAUCCGGUUUUUCAAAAUAAUGCUGGUUUUAAUCGCUUGUUGGCUGUCCAAUAUAAUCAAUGAAAGCCUUUUAUUCUACCUUGAAAUGCAACCAGAUAUCAAUGCAGGCUCUUUGAAACGUGUCAGAGAUGCAGCCAAGACCACAUGGUUUAUUAUGGGGAUACUGAAUCCCGCCCAGGGCUUCCUCUUGUCUCUGGCCUUCUAUGGCUGGACAGGAUGCUGCAUGGGUCUCCAGUCUCCCAAGAUGGUGAUCCAGUGGGAAUCCAUGACGACUUCAGCAGCCGAGGUGGUGGGCUCUUGCGUGCGUCCUGAAAACCUCRCUUGCAGGAAGGUGGCUCCAGUCGGGGGACACACUUCUGAUGAGGCCCUCAGCAUGCUGUCAGAAGCACUGUGA